AUGACAAAGCUGCUGUUGGUGAAAACAUUUAGUCAAUUCCCUGUCCUCAGGCUCGCAACAGAAACCCACCUGAGACAAUCUAGUUAUUAUUAUUUUCGUCGAUUUGCAUCUACACCUGCAUCUUUCGAUACUGAUACAUCUCAACAAUCCAAUUCUCAAGGUUCAGUUACUCAUGAGCAACAAUAUUCACCCCUUGAUUUGUAUGACAAAAAAGUUUCUGAGGGGAAGUUAAAAAAUGAUCAGUUCCAGAGAGGGAUACUUACCAGCAUGGAACAUUUGUACCAUGAUUUGCAAGCAUAUACACCACCUGAUGUUAAGGAGCCCGAUAUUACAGCAACUUCUAGCUCUAGCUCAUUUUCCUUUAAUAGGUUGAUGACUUCACUGUUUUCUCCAAGAAAAAUGGGAUUUCAAGAUUCCGAAAGCAGUAAAGUACCCCAUGGUAUAUAUCUUUACGGUGAUGUUGGGUGUGGGAAAACUAUGCUCAUGGAUUUAUUCUAUGAUACUGUGCCAUCCCAUCUGACAAAAAGAAGACUACAUUUCCAUCAAUUUAUGCAGAACAUCCACAAGAGAGCCCACGAACUAAAGGUUCAACAUAAUCACCGGGAAGAUAUAGAUGUGAUGCCAUACAUUGCCUGGGAAUUGUCCAAGGAGUCAACGGUGUUGUGUUUUGAUGAAUUCCAAGUCACUGAUGUCGCCGAUGCUAUGCUACUCCGACGCUUAAUGGAUUAUGUUCUUAGAAGCGAUCAUGGAUUAGUGCUAUUUGCAACCUCUAAUAGAGCCCCUGAUGACUUAUACAUCAACGGUAUUCAGAGAGAGUCGUUUAUUCCAUGUAUCGAACUGAUUAAGAACUGCACGCAUGUUAUCUACUUAAAUUCACCAACUGAUUACAGAAAAAUUCCAAGGCCGGUCUCGUCUGCGUUUUAUUUCCCAAAACCAGGAGUUGGUUAUUUAUCCAAGGCAUGUAAAAGGGAAAGGCGAGAGCAUAUACAAAACUGGUAUUCUUUUUUCUCGCAGGGGCACCCGGCAGAGGAUAACAUCAAGCUCAAAAUUUGGGGCAGAGAUCUCAACAUUCCAAAAGCUUCUCCUCCCUAUGUGGCGCAAUUCACAUUUAAAGAGUUAUGUGGUAAUGCAUUAGCUGCAGGUGAUUAUUUAACUUUGGCUAACAGCUUUGAGUCGAUUAUCGUCACUGAUAUUCCUUACCUUACAAUUAACAUGCGUGAUGAAGUGAGAAGAUUUAUUACCUUUUUAGAUGCAGUGUAUGAUCAUCACACUAGAAUAGCUGUUACUGCUGCAGCCCCAUUUUCUGAUAUAUUUGUUGAACCCGAAAAUCUCGGUGACAAUCUUUACGAAUUGAGUAACAAGACUGAUGAAGAAAUUGACUAUAAGCUGGAAAAUGACGCCUUGGUUACUAAGCACGGUUUUGAUAAAAACAUUGCUCGGAAAGCUUUCAUGUUUGCCCAUUUAGAUGAAGAAAGAUUUGCCUUUGCUAGAGCAUUAAGUAGAUUAACACAAAUGGGUACUCAACAUUGGAUAGAUGAAGUCAAACCAAAAGCUUGA